AUGAGCUCCUUUCUAGAUUACCCUCUCAUCAACGGAGAAACCGGGUGCUCACCCAGGGCUUAUCACCCAGACCAUGGAAUUACAACUUUUCAGUCCUGUGCUGUCACAGCUAAUAAUUGCAGCCGAGAUGAUCGCUUUAUCGUAGGCAGGGGUACCCAAGGUGGUCCAUCUAAUCACCAGCCUGGAGCUUACCAGCACCAUAACAGUCUGGGGAUCUCUUAUUCCAGCCACCCCAGCUGUGGCACAGGUUAUGGCACGCAGAAUUUCUGCACAGGUUACAGCCACUAUUCACUGAGCCAGGAUGCGGAUUCCACUGCAGGAUAUCCCCAAUGUGCCCCAGCUGUUUACACUGGGAAUAUUUCGUCUUCCAUGGUCCAGCAUCACCAAGGUUACAGCGGAGCAGCGUUGGGUCCAAUCCAGUAUCCCAAUCCAUCUUAUGGACACGAGCAACAGAAUGUGACACUGUCAGCCUGCAAUAACCCCUUAUCCCCUCUGUAUGCCACUCAUCAGGAAACCUGCUGCCCUCCUUUAUCAGAGGCAUCAACCCCAACACAGGCAUUUGACUGGAUGAAAGUUAAAAGGAAUCCGCCCAAAACUGGAAAAGUUGGAGAGUAUGGUUUCGCUGGACAACCCAACACAGUAAGAACAAAUUUUACAACCAAGCAACUCACCGAGCUGGAAAAGGAGUUUCACUUCAACAAGUACCUGACAAGAGCCAGGAGAGUAGAAAUAGCCGCUGCCUUGCAGCUUAACGAGACUCAGGUAAAGAUCUGGUUCCAGAACCGGAGAAUGAAGCAAAAGAAACGAGAAAAGGAGGGAUUGAUACCGGCGGCUGCUUCAAAAACACCGGAAAUCGACGAAAAGGCAGACGAGUCAUCAGAAAAAUCUAUUUCAACAGCUUCAGCCCCUUCUCCAGCUUCGUCCUCUUCAGAAACUCCAUCUACCUCGAUUUAGGGCGCCACAGACACACUAUAUAACACGGGAUGUUAUACAUUGCCAGUGUUGGCUGCGAUUUAAGAUGUUCCAUAUUGGCGUUAAUCAUUGCCACUGGAGAUAGUAACGUACUUUGUAUUCCUCUAUAUUUAUUUAUUAACUUUAUUUAAAGGCCAGUGAACCAAGGGUUCAUUCAGAAUAAAACGAAUGCAUUUCUAUUUUAGAGCAGACCUAGUUUGUGAUUUUUCCAUGACUGCAUAGUUUAAAUGUAAAUGGAAAAAAAACGAUUUUGCACUGCAGCCAAAUGAUUUGCAAUCCCAGAUUCAAAGGCCUAUACUACUAGAACUGUCCACUGAGGCGAAUUUAAACAAAUGCACUAUAUGAACGUUUAAAUAACUUAAUAUUCUUGGCAUCUGUUAAUUUCAUAUCUUGGAAUAUGUGUGUUCGAUGAGAUGUAGUGAUUGUAUAUAUUUUGUCCAAAAGUUUGAUCUUUUUAGAAUUUGUAAAGAAAGAUAACCAGAUAAUAAGGGACAAAGAAAGAAGACGUCUACGGGUGAUGUAGCAGAUUUUUAUUUUAUAUAAUAAACUGAUUAUUGUAAUGUGUGCGAUAAGUUAAAGAAAAAAAACUAUACCUCAUGGGGCAGAAAAGUUCAGAAAUAAAACUAAAUUGCACUGAGUAAUGUUGAGCUCUUGAAAUGCCGUGUACCGAACUACAAUCAUUGUCAAUCUGGAACCUGCAAAUUACACCAUCUUUAAAUACCUCGCAAUUGUAGGAUGUUAUUUAAAAACAAUAUGCGGGAUGUUACCAAAUCAUAUUGUGGGAAAAUGAAUGUACAUGUGAUUUGUAUGAGGACCUUUGCAUGACGCGCAGAGCUUUGAUGUACCUCACAGAAACACUGAGUUUUAUCAGUCGUAAUCUCUUCAAUUAUAUGUCUGUACAAUCAAUUCAACAGUUCUAAAAGAUUCUUAUUCUAUCUGAAACCAGAGUAAAGGUCUUGAAUUGUAUGUAUU